AUGGACAGUUUGACUGAUGUCAUUCUACCUCUCCUAGUGCCUCUGCCCUCAGCCUGGAAAUACCUUCACCUCUACAAGCUUGGCAUUCAUGGAUUUAUCAACCAUGGCCUUCACCACCACUCCCUGUACCUACACCAGGGCCAGUUUGGCUGUGGUCCCAACUUUGCAUUUGACAACUGCAGCUGGGAGAACAAGAACAAGUACAUGCUGGCCUACUGCCACUGGCUGGUGUUCAACAAGGUGUUUUGA